GUCUGUCAUUCUCUCUUCUCCAUUAACAAAAAAGCAAACCCUACUACUAUGACUGUCUCAAUUCCUUUCACGGCCUUCAAAAUCUCUCUCAUUCUAUAAAUCUCUAAUUCAUCGUUUUCAAUUCUCCAUUUUCCAUCAAUGGAAUCAUUCAACUUACUCAAAUACUGGCGUUCUUCUUCUUCCACCAUUAACGCCGCCGCCGCCGCCGAAGAAGCUUCCUCCACAACAACAACAAUCAUCACCGCCGUCAACUCCGACGAAGACUCCUCCUCCGACGACGAAGGUCCCUUCUUCGACCUCGAGUUCGCCGUCCCCGGCGAAGAAAACAGAGAACUUGACUGCAAUGCUCAGUCAAAGAUCGAACAAGACUGUGAUUCCGACGACUCCGACGAUUCCGACGGCGAGAACGUUAGAGAUUUCGAAUUCGCACUCUCUUCUGGUUCAAACAGUACCGGCGGCGACCAAUCAGACCCAUCUGACGAUCUAUUCUUUAAAGGAAAACUAGUUUCAAUCGAUACAUCGCCGCCGACGAUAACGAACAUCGCCGAUCAACAUCCGAAAUCUCUCUUUCUGCAGAAAUCAGCAACCAGGUUACGAAUCUUGAUGUUGAAGUUAAAGAAAUCAAAAUGCAACGAAAAUCCAAAUGGGUCUUCGGCGGCGCCGCAGCCGCCGGCGAACAAGUUUUUCACCGUUAAAUUUAAGGUUGAUGAAGUUCCAAUCAUUUCUCUAUUUACAAGAGACAGCAACAAAUCCCAGAAACAGAUCGACAAGGAAAUCACUCCGGCGACGGAUUCUACUACCUCCGACGAGAAACGAUUGAUUCAAAAGUAUUUGAACAAGGUGAAACCUUUAUAUGUUCAAGUUUCGAAACGUUACGCAGAUAAGUUGAAAUUUUCAGGGCAGUUGAAAGACUUGCCGGAGAAAGGACAGAAAAGAGUGUACAAGCAUUUGGGUAAGAGCCGGUCGGCGGUGGCGGCGUCGCCGCCGUUAGUUAUAGCUCCGGCGAGGAGAUGUGAUGAUUCUUUGAUGGAUCAACAAGAUGGGAUUCAAGGAGCUAUUCUUCAUUGUAAAAGAUCGUUUAAUUCAUCUAGAGAUUGGUCGCCGCCGGCGUCUGUUCUUGCUCGUUCAGUUAGCGAUCCGUCGCCGGUGCCGCCGCUUGAAGCUCCGGCGAAGCCCUGAUCGGAGAAGAAAUCUCUCUAUGUAAAUUAGUUCUUUUGUUUUAGUGAAAAGAAACCGUCAGUAAAAAGACUAUUAUCCGUCGCUAAUACUAUUUUUGAAUUUUAUUUUAGAUGGAUACAAUUAAGAAUUGUAUCAAUGUUAAAUAAAAAUAAAAAAGUGCAU